AUUUUAUUCCCUAUGGCGGUGUAUAGUUUAAUAUCGUCACCUGCUGCCGUGUGUUGUUGUAUCAGUUGAAAUAACCACCAUUCGCUGCAUAACAGUUCUUAAUAGCGUGUUUGGGUCUGAUUGAAGCGCUGCAAAGUAUCUGAAGCAUAGAGAACAACGAAAGCAGUACACCCUGCUGUUUAAGGUGACUGAUCAGAGGAGACCACACAACCACACCUCUUCUACAAGCAGACCUCUCUGCUUGCUUUGGACCUGGGCAACUUUUCUUUUUUUUUUUUUUUUUUGAACGGGAUGGAUUUUGAAAAAACAUAACUUGGAUAUACACAUUUAACGUUUUUUUGUUUGGAUAUUUUGCAAGGAGUUACCAAAGUUUCCGAGGGGAGAACAUACAGCUUGUUUUUUGACGUUAAUAUAGCUGAGAUGGACCAAGCCAGCGGAGGGGAGGAUCCCAAUAAGCCCUCCAAAAAGAAAUCCAGCGAGGAUGAGGGUAAAAACAAAAAGCUGAACAUACACAUAAAAACACUGGCUGAUGACAUGCGAGACCGUAUUACAAGUUUCAGGAAAACAGGGGCAAAGAAGGAGAAGCCUCUCAUCCAACACCCGACCGAUCCCAACUCUACCCAAACAGAACUGCCUCUGCCACAGCCUUUUUUUGACGAGAGAUCCAAUAACCUCUCAGAAAAAGAAAUAGUUGACCUCUUCGAGAAGAUGAUGGAGGACAUGAACCUCAAUGAGGAACGGAAAGCCCCUUUACGUGGAAAGGACUUGGCCACCAAGCGUGAGAUGGUGGUCCAGUACAUCUCAGCCACUUCAAAAUCUAUAACUGGGAGCAAAGUGGCGGGUGGGCUACGAAACAGCAGACAUGAGUGUACACUUUCAUCCCAGGAAUACGUCCAUGAGCUGCGCUCUGGCAUCAUGGACGAAAAGCUGCUCAACUGCUUGGAAUCCCUCAGAGUGUCUCUCACCAGUAACCCUGUCAGUUGGGUCAACAACUUCGGACAUGAGGGGCUUGGCCUUCUUCUGGAUAAUCUGGAUAAGCUUUUGGACAAAAAACAGCAAGAGAGCAUUGACAAACGCAACCAGUACAAACUUAUCCAGUGUUUAAAGGCCUUCAUGAACAAUAAGUAUGGACUGCAAAGGAUCCUGGGCGAUGAGCGCAGCUUGUUGCUGUUGGCACGAGCCAUCGACCCCAAACAGACCAACAUGAUGACGGAGAUUGUCAAAAUUCUCUCAGCUAUUUGUAUCAUCGGAGAAGAAAACAUCCUGGAUAAGAUUCUGGCUGCCAUGACGAUUGCAGCAGAGAGGAACAAUAAAGAGAGGUUUGCUCCAAUUGUGGAGGGAUUGGAGAACCAUGAGGCCCAGCAGCUUCAGGUUGCCUGUAUGCAGCUGAUCAAUGCCCUGGUCACAUCACCUGAUGAUCUAGACUUCCGGAUUCAUCUACGCAACGAGUUCCUCAGAUGCGGCUUAAAGAAGAUCCUUCCUGAGAUAAAGAAGACCGAAGAGCUGGACAUUCAGCUGAAGGUGUUCAAUGAGAACAAAGAUGAAGACGCUAUUGAACUCUCCCAUCGCCUGGAUGACAUCCGUGCUGAGAUGGAUGAUAUGAAUGAAGUGUACCAUCUCCUGUCAAAUAUGGUGAAAGACACCGCUUCAGAGCCCUACUUUCUGUCAAUCCUUCAGCAUCUAUUGCUUAUCAGGAAUGACUAUUACAUCAGACCUCAGUACUACAAGGUGAUCGAGGAAUGCAUAUCACAGGUGGUUCUGCAUCGCAGUGGGACGGACCCCGACUUUGGCUACAGUAAACGAUUGGAUGUGGACUUCACCCAGCUCAUUGAUCAGUGUGUGGAUAAAGCCAAAGUUGAAGAGAGUGAGCAGAAGGCUGUGGAGUAUUCUAAAAAGUUUGAUGAGGAGUUCAGUGCUCGACAGGAGGCCCAGGCCGAGUCUCAAAAAAAGGAGGAAAAGAUCAAGGAGCUGGAAACCAAAAUCCAAACUCUAGAGGCCCAGAUUGCUGCAGGCCCAGCUGCACCUGCAGCACCACCUCCUCCACCACUACCAGGAGGUGCAGCACCCCCACCUCCCCCACCUCCUCCUCCCCCACCCGGUGGCUGUCCUCCUCCCCCUCCUCUCCCUGGCCACGCCGCCAUUCCACCACCCCCUCCUCCUCCCCCAGGAGCAGGACCCCCGCCACCUCCACCCCCACCUGGUUGUGGGCCUCCACCUCCUCCGCCUCCCUUUGGUGGUCCUCCUGCACCUCCAGUUGUCAAGCUGCCUUAUGGACUGGAGCCAAAGAAGACAUACAAGCCUGAAACUGUGAUGAAGAGGGUCAACUGGUCAAAGAUAGUGCCCCAGGAAAUGGCAGAGAAUUGCUUCUGGAUCAAAGUCAAAGAAGAGAAGUUUGAAAACCCUGACCUAUUUGCUCAGCUCUCCCUCUACUUCUCUUCACACACUAAAGUAAAAAAGGAUGUGAGUGAUGAGACUGAUGACCGAAUGCCCCAAUUCAAGAAGAAGACAAAGGAGCUUCGUAUCCUGGAUGCCAAGACAGCACAGAACCUAUCAAUUUUCUUGGGCUCGUUCCGCCUGCCUUAUGAAGAGAUCCGGGACAUUGUGCUGGAGGUAGACGAGGAAAGACUGAGUGAAUCACUCAUCCAGAACCUAAUAAAGAACUUGCCUGAGCAGAAAGAACUGAGUGCUCUAGCGGAACUAAAAGGUGAAUAUGAGGAGCUCGUGGAGUCAGAGCAGUUCGGCAUUGUGAUGAGUUCAGUAAAGCUGCUGCGGUCACGUCUCAACGGGAUUCUUUUCAAGCUGACGUUCGAGGAGCAGGUGAACAACAUUAGGCCAGAUAUCAUGAAUGUGACAUUCGCCUGUGAAGAAGUGAAGAAGAGCGAAGGCUUCAGCAAACUCCUGGAGUUUGUGUUGCUGGUUGGCAACUACAUGAAUGCUGGCUCAAGGAACGCGCAGACGUUUGGUUUCAACGUCAGCUUCCUCUGCAAGCUAAGAGACACUAAAUCCAUCAGCCACAACACAACACUUCUCCAUUUUCUGGCUGAGAAGUGCGAAGAGAAUCACCCAGAGAUUUUGGGGUUUCCUGAUGAACUGGAGCACGUGGAAAGUGCAAGCAAAGUGUCUGCUGAAAUCCUGAAGAGCAGUCUGGCCACAAUGGAGCGACAGAUUCAGAAACUUGAGAACGACAUUGAGAAUUUCCCUAAAACGGAUGACCCCCAAGAUAAGUUUAUAGAAAAGAUGUCCGGCUUUUCCAAACAUUCUCGGGAGCAGUAUGAAAAGCUGUCCAUCAUGCACAAGAACAUGCAGAAGCUUUACGAGAGCAUAGGCAACUACUUCGCAUUCGACCCCCACUCAGUCAGUGUGGAGGAUUUCUUCGGAGAGCUGGCCAACUUCCGUUUCCUCUUCAUGGAAGCUGUGAAGGAGAACCACAAGAAGAGGGAGAUGGAGGAGAAGAUCAAGAGAGCCAAGCUGGCGAAGGAAAAAGCUGAGCGAGAGAAGCAGGAGCGUCAGCAGAAGAAGAAGCAGCUGAUUGACAUGAACAAAGAAGGGGAUGAAACUGGUGUGAUGGAUAGACUAAUGGAAACUCUGCAGUCUGGAGCAGCCUUUAAUCGGAGAAAACGGACACCAAGAACUGGUGAUCAAAGCCCUUCCAGUCCAGUCUCUCGGUGGCCGGGUGCUAACUAUGGUAGCAGAACUCUAGAUGUCGCCUCUGGGAGAUGCAGACAACCGCCGUGCAGUCCUCGAAAGGUCUCGCUCACGCCACAACCCAAAUCACCAAGCUCGAUGAUUACCCGUGUCUACUACAAGACCUUAGAUAAGUGCCAAAGAGGACUGCGAUGAGGACAAGGCGAUAGGGAAGACAUUGGGAGGGACACACCGCCCCUCACUGUUGCUACCAGAGCACCAAGUAUGGAAAACUGCCUACAGAAAGAAACAACUGGACAUUUAGAUUUUAUUUGACUCCCUACAUAUUUAUUCUUUAUUUUUUUUUUACUGCUUAAAAUGUUUCUUUUUGAUUUGGAACAUGUUUAAAAAGCUGUUUCCUUCCAUGUUUAAACCUAUAUUUUAAUCCAAAUGCUUCAGUUAACUCAAAAUGCAGACAGGAAACAGGCAAAUAUAUCGCAGUCUGCUACAGAGGGACAUUCUGCCAAGAGGGACUACUGUAUCCAGCAUGCUUGUCUGGAAGACCAUGGACAGCUGUCACAAAAAUGGAGGACACAUCAAUGGGUCUUAAUGAAGAGGAGGGCAGUGAAAUAUUAUUUCCCUGUCAUAUUUAAGGUAAUCUGUUCAAUAAUAAUCACAUUUUAUCUCUCUAACAAAGCCACAAGAGCUGGCGGCUUUCUGCACCAGUAUCACAGAGCAGGUGACUCAUGGACUUUUAAAAUGCAAGACAUUUUAACUGAUGAGAUUUUGUGUUGUGUUGCAUAAUCUCAUCUUACCCUUCAGGUGCUGAUUUGUUUCCUGAGGUUGCUGUGGCUGUUACAAUUAGAAGCUGACAUUUUUAAAUACACCCAGCUGCCUGGGAUCAACCAUGAACAUUUGAACCUUUCUUCAGGUCAUGCAGGGUUUCAGCAAGGCAGACCUCCAUGUACUAAAGUUUUUACACCAUUUUUAAGGCACAUUUUGAAAACCAACACAGUCCAAUAUGGUAUAAGCCUAAUGUCACAUAAAAACAUCGAGCUUAUGUAAAAUAAGCUUUAUGAAAACAAUAAUUGUUUUAGGAUUUAGCAAGGUUGGAUAAUCCAGCAGGUUCUGCAAAAUUCUAAUUGUCUAACUACACUGCUGAUUAGAGACACAGAUUCUUCUACAAAUUAGCAGAUCAUGCUGAGAACAACAGUUUUCCUUUUAGAAGUUGUUACUUAAUGAAGAAGACUCAGAGUUUGCCAUUCUCACUGAAACUUGCUGUGUUUUAUAAUGAAGUGAAAAGAAGGUGCAAGAAAUGUUAAAGGACAUUUAAUUUUCUACAAGGUAUAUCAACAGAUUAUAGGACUUAUGCAUUUCUUUCUUUAAAUAAUACUGAAAUCCUGUUUAACUGCAAAACUUUUUAACUCCGGCUUACCUCACUCCUUUUGUGUUGCAACACAAACGUAAAGAAAGAAAGGCUCCUGUAAAGAUUUCAAAUAGAUAGUUUUUCACAGGUUUAAUUUGUUGCAUUUUAUUCAUUUUUUAUUGUUCUGUAAUGUUAAAACAACAUUAUUGUCCUAAGUAUGAACAAAUUUAAGCCUGAGUUUGAGCCUCGGAACAGUAAGCUCUGGGUAGUCUGCAUCAAUGCACCACAUCCAGCCCUGGCAUAGGUACGUUCAUACAGUACCCUGGGUAUUUCUUUGUCAGGUAGAAAACUUCUAGUUAUAUUAGAUUUUUGUUUUACAAAUUAACAAUCUAUCCUGUCAACCUUCUGCUAUUUCUUAAAGCAUAAAAUAAAUGUUAUUGUUGUUUUAGGGAACUGAGAGGCACCACAGAAAUUAAACUAAACCAUAAACAUCUAUUCUAACACUGAAAAACAGACAAACCUACUGCGUUGGUUGUUGAUGCUGUUUCUAAUAUUACAUCUGAAGUUAACGGAUUUUGUUGAAAUUUUUGUGUACUUAACCCGGAGUUGGAUCAUAAAUGAACUCUGUUACCAUUAUGUGGGCCAGAAAAUGGAAAGUUUGGAAACCUCUGGUCUAGAGAAUCACACACUAGUCUUACUUUGUUCUCUUUCUGAGAAAUAUUUGUUCAAUUUAUUACUCUUAAAAAGAAUUAAGAAUUAUUAGAUUGAUGCCUUACAAAAAUCCAUCAGCUUAUUGCUACUUCUAAGGGAUCUGUGACACCAUAAAAGCUUUAAUCUUGGAGCCAGCGUCUUAUCACUGGUUGAUUUCACUGCAAGGACCCACUUUUACUUUUUAAUGUAAACUAUUUAUUCAUAUAUUCAUGCUAAGGGUGGCUUUGUCCCUCCUCACUUCACUAGACUGUAAGCAGAUGCUACUAAAAACAACCAUUAAAUCUACAUGGAGAUGGGGCAUGACCAGAAUUACAGACUGAGGGCCACAGCAGGCUGGAUGAUGCUUGUCUUAGCAAGCAGGUCUCCAGACACCUUCCAGUUCCCAAGCACUAAUGACAUAAGUGACCCUUUUUCCAUGACACAAGUUACUUUAGAAGCAGCAUAACUUUGCUUUGGGCUUUGUGUGUCUGCACGCCUCAUGCCACCUCAGUAAUCCAAACAGGAACCCAGGGAAAAUAGGAUUCAGUGGGCUUGACUCCUGCGCUGAAUAGAUGAAGAUUUUUCAUUUAAACAAUCUGCCAGGGCUGCUUGUGAUGCGCCUGUUUCAUGGAGCCUCCCCUCCCUUUUGCCUGCAUGCAACAAAAAAAAAAUGCAAUUUUACACAUCAUCUCGGUUCGAGGUGCGCGCCCACAACGCUUCGAGAAGUCUGCAUAUUUAAGAAGACAAUAACUCUCGGCUGAAUAUCAGGUUAAAGCCGUCACAGAGUGAAAGCCUCGAGAAUGAGUUUUCUGGAUAAGGGACUCUGCGUUGGUGGCAGUUUUGAGGGCGUGUUGUACACAGCAGUGAUAAAGAUGCAUUGUCAAAAAAGUGAUUUCCUCUCUGUAAUCGCUUCUCCCCCUUUGUUCUUCAAAACACCAGAUCUGCGCAAUUUUAAGCUUUGAAUGACACCAGUUUUUUAAAUCACAGUCCUCCAGCAACACACAGGUCUGCUAUGAUAUGAGGUAUUUACCUGCCUAAACAAGCCACAUUUGGAUUAUUCAAUAAAAAAAAGACUUACAGCUUAAUUAACCCUUCAAGUGUACAAACAUCUUAAAAAAAAUCUUAUUUUGGUCGAUAUUGAUGACCAGUUUUUUUAAGUAGAGGACUUAUUGUGAUCAUAAGUUAUGUAUUUAUCAUCUAAAAGUUUUUUUUUUCAAGCAAGUAGUAAAUAGGAAUUGUAGACAUUUGCUGCAACAAUACAGGUUGAAAAAUCAGAAGCCUCAAAGAGAAAAGGAAAAUUUGACAUGCAGGAGAGUAGAAUUACGAACUUCUGAUUAGAAGACUUGUACAAAGAACAAAACCCACAGUAUCAUAGUGAUUGUUCUCUCCUCAUCCCAUUGUGUCAAAUGAAAAUUGUGUGUUUUAUAGGAAGUAAUAGCAAGAGACUUUUAGGUCAACAAAACAUAGACAUGUGAAAAACAGCCAAUCAUUCCGCCAUCUAUAUGCUUCUUACUAACAAACCUCAGCUGAUGAUGUAAACUACUGUGCCCUUAACUAUUCCUACACAUUCAGAUUAUUCACUUUUAAAACUACAGUAUUCAGUGUUCUUUAUUGGAUUUUUUGAUUAACCAACACAAAUGAGUGCAUGUGAAUUUUCUAUUUUAGAAAU